AUGUCGUCUAAUCUGGGAUCCAUACCCGAAAGCACGUUCCCGGCGUGGUCGCAUUCGGUGCAGGAGUGUUUAGAUCGGUACCAGGUGGAUGCAGACAAGGGUCUAGAUCCCCAGGAUGUCGCGUGGCGACGGAGCCGAUUCGGCUUCAACGAGCUGGAGAAGGAACCGGGCACUCCGUUUUGGAAGCUGGUUGUAGAUCAGUUUAACGACACGCUCGUGAAGAUCCUUCUCGCCGCUGCUGCCGUGUCAUUUGUCCUCGCCUACGUGGACGAGCAGGAGGACGGCGGGAUAACGGCGUAUGUGGAGCCGCUGGUCAUUCUGCUUAUUCUCGUGCUCAACGCCUGCGUGGGCGUGUGGCAGGAGAGCAACGCCGAGCGCGCGCUAGAGGCUCUUAAAGACAUGCAGUCCGAGACAGCCAAGGUGGUGAGGGCGGGCGAGCACAUGGACGAUCUGCCAGCGCGGGAGCUAGUACCGGGCGAUAUAGUGGAGCUGCGGGUGGGGGACAAGGUGCCCGCAGACAUGCGCGUUAUAAGCCUCCUCACUUCCACGCUGAGGCUGGAGCAGGCGUCGCUGACGGGCGAGAGCAUGGCCGUGCAGAAGUCGGCGAAUGAGGUUCAGCAGGCGGACUGUGAGCUGCAGGCCAAGGAGAGCAUGGUGUUCGCGGGCACCACAGUGGUCAACGGCUCCAGCCGCAACCUGGUCAUUGCGACAGGCAUGAACACAGAAAUCGGCAAGAUUCAGCAGCAGAUCGCAGCAGCAGCAGCCGAAGAGGACGACACACCCCUGAAGAAAAAACUAGAUGAAUUCGGAGAGCGGCUGACCACAGUCAUCGGGGUGAUCUGCCUCCUCGUCUGGCUCAUCAACUACAAGUUCUUCCUCUCCUGGAAGGAAGAUCCGGCCGCCUGGUGGACAGGGGGGCUGAGAUUUUCCUUUUCUUUCCAGAAGUGCACUUACUAUUUUAAGAUUGCGGUGGCGCUGGCGGUGGCGGCGAUUCCCGAGGGGCUGCCUGCGGUGAUUACCACUUGCCUGGCUCUGGGUACGAGGAAGAUGGCGCAGAAGAAUGCGAUUGUGAGGAAGCUUCCUUCUGUGGAGACGCUGGGUUGUACCACUGUGAUCUGCUCCGAUAAGACUGGCACACUCACCACUAACCAGAUGGCAGUGUCCGCCCUGGUCCUCCCAGGCACGCUCCCCUCCACCUUCCUCUCCUUCGCCGUCGACGGAACCUCCUACAAUCCAGCCGACGGGGAAAUCCUCAACUGGGGGCGCUCAGUCACCUUUCCCAACACGCAAUCUCUCACACAAGCAGCUGUCCUGUGCAACGACGCGAGCAUAUCACUCAAGGGAGGCGCGUACAGGGCGUCGGGGCUGCCCACAGAGGCGGCGCUGCGAGUGCUGGUGGAGAAGAUUGGUGUGCCGGAUGACACGCUGCAGCUGAGCAUCCGGAAUAAGCGGAAGGGUGCGCCUGCGUCACACUUGCAAGACGCCAACGAGUGGUGGGGCAAGCAGUGGGAGAGGAAGGCGGUGCUGGAGUUUGAUCGGAGCCGCAAGUCCAUGAGUGUGAUUGUGAGGAGCAGCCAAGGGAAGACUCGCCUACUUGUGAAGGGAGCGGUGGAAUCAGUGUUGGAGCGCUGCACAUCCAUCCAACUAGCGGACGGCUCCAUAGUGCCGCUCACUUCCGAGGGCCGCAGAGCCACAGAGGCCGUCCUGACCGACAUGGCCUCCAAGGCCCUCCGGUGCCUGGCGUUCGCGUGCAAGGAGGGGCAGGCGAUGGGGGCACUGCAGGGGUACAGCGGGGAGCAGCAUGAGGGGCACAAGGUGCUGCUGGAUCCGGGGAAUUACGAGCGGAUCGAGCAGGGUCUGGUGUUUUGCGGGAUGGUGGGACUCCGGGACCCACCUAGAGAAGAAGUGCCGGCAGCAGUGGAGGAUUGCCGGGCGGCGGGCAUAAGAGUGAUGGUGAUAACAGGCGACAACAAGAACACAGCGGAGGCUAUCUGCCGUGAGAUCGGCGUGCUGGGCCCAUCGGACGAUCUCAGCUGUUGCAGCUUCACGGGCAAGGACUUCAUGGAUUUGCCUGCUGCCACCAGGAUGGAGAUUCUUAAGGUGCCUGGGGGCAAGGUGUUCUGGUGUUUGAGAAUCCUCAAAAACCUUUUCGUUCCCUUCAAAUCCUGGGGGGAAGGUGUUCUUGCGUGUGGAGCCGCGGCACAAGCGGGAGAUAGUGCGCAUGCUCAAGGAGCAGAGCAGGGCGAGGUGGUGGUGGUUACUAGUGGUGCCUCUGUGCCUGGUGGCAAGGUGUUUUCCCGUGCGGAGCCGAGGCACAAGCAGGAGAUAGUGCGCAUGCUCAAGGAGCAGGGCGAGGUGGUGGCCAUGACGGGGGAUGGGGUGAACGACGCCCCUGCGCUCAAGCUGGCGGAUAUCGGCAUUGCCAUGGGCAUCGCCGGCACUGAGGUGGCGAAGCAGGCAUCGGACAUGGCCCUUGCGUAUGACAUUUUCAGCACCAUCGUGGCUGCUUUCACUCGUCGAUGGUCCGACCUACCUACCUUCUUUCUACACCCCCUUUCCAUGCACCUGCAGGUGGCAAAGCAGGCGUCGGACAUGGUCCUGGCGGACUUCCAAGUGAGCUCACGCGGAUUUUCGCUCGUGCUGCCUAUUCCCGUGCUUGUUCAGGAGGUCGCUGUUGUGGAUGAGGCCGCUUUAAACACGCCUGAGGAGCGAGCCCGGCGGUUGGGCGAGCUGCUGCGCAAGAAGCGCGAGGAGCAGGAGGCGAUCGCCGCUGCGGCGCGCGCGGAGGCGGAGAAGAAGGCGGCGGAGGAGGAGGCCGCGCGGAGAUUCGCGGAGGAGAAGAUCCAGGCGCAGAGGCUCUUCGUUAAGCCGGAGCUGAAGCCGUCGAGCACAGCGGCGCCGCCCGUGAAGGAGGUGAAGCAGCAGGAUGCGAAGAAGAGCAAGCGCGGCGGCAUGCCGCUCUUCGUCUCGCAGUUCGGCGUGCUCGCCGCGUUCGGCGGUGGCAUCGCAGCUCUCUUCGUGCUGCCCGAUGAGAAGUGGAAGGAGAUCGAGGAGGGUCUGGAGGAGGUGAAGGACUUUGUGGUGCCCAUCGUGGACGACGUCGUCAUCCCCUUCGCUGAAGCGGAAUUCGCCGAGACUGCCAAGCCAUACGCCGAAGCUGCGAUUGACGCUGCCAAGCCUGUCGCCGAGGCAGCCCUGGAAGCCGCCAAGCCCGUCGCCGAGGCAGCGUUGGAAGCCGCCAAGCCUGUGGCAGAGCAAGCAGUGGAGAAGGUGAAGGAGCUUACCGAGCCUAUGGUAUCGCAAGUGGAGGAGCAGGUGAACAAGGUGAAGGACGUUGCAGGGCCGGUUGUGAGCCAAGUGGGUGAAUCGGUGGAGAAGGUGAAGGAGGCAGCAGGGCCGGUGGUGAGCCAAGUGCAGGAGAAGACUGCUGAGCUCAUCAAGUCUGUUGAAGGCCCUCCCUCCAAGCCCAACGCCUGA